CUGAAGAGGGGAAGAUGGUGGAGCUGCAUAGAGGGGCAAGAUCAGAGGGUUAUUUGCUGCAAUAGUUCUUCUGAUGAACAGUGUUGGUUUAGUCUGAUCUUAUUACUACACUCUCAAUCCAUAUCCAGUGUGAUGAGAGUGAUCCUCGCAGCCAGACACUGUACAGCUUCUGGAGUUGGAGCAUUCAACCAUUUAGCACAAUAAUAAAUGUCCUUGAAAGCCUGUGCCUUGUUCUGUGUGUCUCGUGGUAGAGCAGAGGGAAUGCCUUCAGUGUAGAGCAUACCGCACUCCUGAACCAGCUAUGAACCACGAGGAAGAGGCAGAGCUGGAGGAGGAGCCCAGCCGCAUCAGGGGGGAGGGGAACGAGGCCGCGGAGGCUUACCUGGAGCAGCCCAGUGUAGAGGAGGAGCAGCACUCUGCCGCCUUCCCUGUGACUAUCCCUGCGGCCCAGUGCCGCAGGCAGGACAUUACAGCGGGAAGGGAGAACAGCCGGAGACGAGCACUCCAACAGCAGCAGAACAACAAUAGUGAGGAGGUUAGGGUACAACAUCAACAACAACAACAGCCACCACCUGCAGCCCGUUACCGCAGGUUUGACGCCUCAGGAAGGGUGACCCGGGUUCGAGGGCAGCGAAAGCCACAGGAGGACACAGAGGUGGAGCAGCAACAGCCGCUGCAGAGACCAGCAGCAGCCCGAUACCGUAGACAGACUGACGGGGAGGCUCGGAUUAGAGCUCAGCAGCAGAGGCAGAGGCGGCAACAGCAGCAGAGAGAGGCAGAGAUGGUGGAGGUAGAACAGCAGCAGCCUUCACAACCCCCACCACCACCACCACCACCUCCACAGCAACCAGAGGCAGAAGAUGAGCAGAUGGAGGAGGAAGAAGGGGGUUUGGGGCUCACAAGGUCAGCCAGCACUGAGAGCGGCUUCCACAACCACACAGACAGAGCCGAGGGAGACAUGGGGAUGACCUCAGAAGUGGAGGCAGAGACAGCACUGGAAGGGGAGGCGGUGGAGGAUGAAAAUGCCUACGCAGUGCACUACCGUCCAGAAUCAGAGGAGUACACAGAGAGUGCCGAGGCAGAGCAGCAUGGGGGACCCUACCAGCCCCAGCCUCAGCCACCACCCCCUCUAAACCCACUCCCACACUUUCACCCUCACGAACAGGAUGAGGAGGCCAUGAGUGCAGCCUACUCGGCUUAUGUAUACACUCAGCGUCUGUUUCAUGGCAAUGAAGGGGAGCAGGGUGAUGGAGGGGGUAGUGGUGUUGGGGAGGGACAGGAGCCCUACUCAGAACCCUAUGCUGACUAUGGUCUGCAGGAGCAUGUUUAUGAGGAAAUUGGGGACACCCCACCAGAGGGGGAUGAUCCCCAACAUCGGAGAAGCGGCUUCCGUCUCUUUGAGCGCGAGAGCUAUCGGCAAGAGGCGCUGGGCGCCCGGCUGCACCACUAUGACGAGCGUUCGGACGGAGAGUCAGAUAGCCCUGAGAAGGAGGCAGAGUUUGCACCCUACCCCCGCAUGGACAGCUACGACCAGGAGGAGGACAUAGAUCAAAUUGUGGCUGAGGUCAAGCAGAGCAUGAGCUCUCAGAGUCUGGAUCGAGCUGCUGAUGAGGACAGGCCCGAGUCUGAGCAGAACUCGCAGGAGCACAAAGGCAAGUCAGCAGGGGAGGAGGAGGAGGAGAGCAGUCCCCCAAAGCCUUCAGCCACCAGCCCUACCGGGGAGCAGCCCUUACAGAGACACAGCAAGGAGAAACGAGAUGCCAUCUCUCUGGCUAUCAAAGACAUUAAGGAAGCCAUCGAAGAGGUUAAAACACGGACCAUUCGCUCUCCCUACACGCCAGACGAGCCAAAGGAACCCAUCUGGGUAAUGAGACAAGACAUCAGUCCGACCAGAGAUUGUGACAACCAAAGGCCACUAGAUGGAGAGUCUCCAGACUCAGGUUCUACAUCCCCGCAAGGGGCAGAAUCCUCUAUUACACAACAUCUCCACGAUGGCAGUGACAACUCAGACUCUCCUCUUAAUAAAGAGUCAAGGAAAACCUUGGCUUCAUUCCCAACUUAUGUUGAAGUUCCUGGACCCUGUGACCCUGAAGACCUUAUUGAUGGCAUCAUCUUUGCAGCCAAUUACCUUGGUUCCACCCAGCUGCUCUCAGACAAGACGCCCUCCAAGAGCGUGCGGAUGAUGCAGGCCCAGGAAGCCGUCAGCAGAAUCAAGAUGGCCCAGACAUUAGCCAAAAGCAAGAAGACUCCUGAAGGAGAGUCCCAGCCCAUGACAGAGGUGGACCUUUUCAUUUCCACUCAGAGAAUCAAAGUGCUGAAUGCUGACUCACAGGAAACUACGAUGGACCACCCCCUGAGAACUAUUUCCUACAUCGCUGACAUUGGGAACAUUGUAGUGCUGAUGGCUCGCCGGAAAAUGCCCCGCCCCAACUCCCAGGAGGACGUGGAGUCCACAAGUCCACAGGAUGAGAAGAAGCAGUAUAAAAUGGUCUGCCACGUCUUCGAGUCAGAGGAUGCCCAGCUGAUUGCUCAGUCCAUUGGUCAGGCGUUUAGCGUAGCGUACCAGGAGUUCCUUCGAGCCAAUGGGAUUAAUCCAGAGGACCUGAGCCAAAAGGAGUAUAGCGACCUGCUUAACACCCAGGACAUGUACAAUGACGACCUCAUCCACUUCUCCAAGUCUGAGAACUGCAAAGACGUUUACAUUGAGAAGCAGAAGGGCGAGAUCCUGGGGGUGGUGAUUGUGGAGUCUGGCUGGGGCUCUAUCCUGCCCACUGUCAUUAUAGCCAACAUGAUGCACAGCGGCCCUGCAGAGAAGUCUGGGAGAGUCAACAUCGGAGACCAGAUCAUGUCCAUUAAUGGAACCAGCCUGGUGGGACUGCCACUCUCAACUUGUCAGACCAUCAUAAAGGGAUUAAAAAACCAGUCCAGAAUAAAGCUGAAUAUUGUGAGGUGUCCCCCAGUAACAACAGUUCUCAUCAGAAGACCUGACCUGAGAUACCAGCUGGGGUUCAGUGUACAGAAUGGAAUUAUCUGUAGCCUUAUGAGGGGUGGAAUAGCAGAGCGUGGUGGUGUUCGAGUUGGUCACCGGAUCAUUGAAAUCAAUGGACAGAGUGUUGUGGCAACACCACACGAGAAGAUCGUGCACAUUCUGUCAAAUGCUGUUGGAGAGAUCCACAUGAAGACAAUGCCAGCUGCCAUGUACAGACUUCUGACUGCCCAGGAACAGCCAGUUUACAUCUGAGGCCGAUGAACCCGGAGCCUUCACAUGCAUGGAGGGCUUUAUUGCAGUUGUGGUUGUGUUUAUAGUGCUGCAUUUCUGUGUCUGCUGAAACACUGUGUGUGUGUGUGUGUGUCAUUUUGUGAAACAUUUCCCAAUGUGUUUGUUGUGUCAUUUUGUGAAACUUAAGGCAUCUUUUUUCACCGUUGCGUCUUUAUGUGAUCCCAUACAGUAAGCUGAAAUAUUUAUUGUGUCGAUUUUCAGCAAGUCAACCACUUCCACUUCUCCCAGACUGAUAACCAGCUUCUUCUUGGUUGUGUUUACAAAGCAGUCGCUUUUACAAGGAUUUACAAUACGAGAAAGGCAGUACUUUCACCCAUCUACAGUUUCAGGAAUAAGGGAGGUUUUUACAUUUAAUAGUUUUGUAAAUUAAUUUAAAGAUCAUUUAAUAGUUUUCUGUUUACAUUUUUAAAAGGCAGCUGUGACUAAAGGUCCAAAUGUGUUAUUCAGAAAAACAAGGAUUAUAGAUGAUUUUGUUAUUUACAAUAACAACAGCGUUUCUUGAAGAUUGCUGUUUGUUCAGAUACUGUUAAAGGUUUGAAAGCAAAAUUAAACCACAUUUCUACACUACUACUGUUGGUUGGCAUAAUUAUUCAGCUUCAAAUAAUAUUUUGCCCAAAGGGUCAUUAUUUCAGAACAGCGUACUGCUUUGCAAUGCAUCGUAAAGUAUGACACGGGCUGGUAAAAGAGCUGUGGUUCACAAUGGUUUACUCUCAGUUAAUCUUGAAGGCUUGUUACAUUAUGACAAAACUCAAGUACCAGUAUGUCUUAAAUAAGAGUCAUUGUUUUCAAGCAGAUACUAUUGCUCUGUUUUACUGCAGUUUGGCAACAUCCCAUUUUCAGCUAUUACUGUAAAUGAAAAAAAAAAAAACUCCUGAUUUUUACAUUCAUUAAAACAUCAUUAACUACUAUCUGCUUAUUCAAUGCAUCAUACAAAAGAGCAUUCAAUCUCCAAUCAAGGUUUUAAUGGGAAGCACUAAUGCAGUGUUCAUUAUAAAACAAUAUUUCCUCGAGGCUAGUCUCAACAGGAUUCUGAUACUUCAAGAGAAAGCCAGAUGAGCAUUUGCUGGCACCAAGUACUACAAAAACAGUAAACAGAAUAAUCAGACCACAGGAAAACAGUAUUUUGCCUCAUAAUUAUCCUCAUGUUUUUGUCCUAUUUUUACAAAGGAUUCCUGAACUAUGAUGCCAUUGCCAGCAGAUCACAAUAUAAGUAUGAAAUGCAAGAUUAUGUAUUGCUUACAUACUGUAGAAAUCUGAAUUGUAUCGUAAGUAAAGACUAAACAAGGCACAUGCAAAAAUAGAUAUUUCUUUGGGUGUUUUCAUCUUUAAGAGUAAAUCCAGGUAAUAAUCUGCAAAUUAGUUUGGAUUUUAAGCAAGAUUUAAAAAAAAAAGACAAAAAACAAAAAGUAAUUUAGUGGAAGAAUCAUGUUUUUCUUUAAAAGGGCAUGAAUGUAGUACAUGCAUUAAAUCAUGUCAAUAUUCCUGUACUUUGGGGGGGAGGGGACAGACAAGACGAUGUCAAAUUGAAUACCUUUAAACAGAAGGAACAGACAAUGAAGGGCCAAACUAUAAAGAGCUGGUUAAUACGUUUGUGCUUUACUAUCGCAACCGACUUCUUUCCAUUGGUCACUCACAAGAACUCCAGAGUUAUCUGUGAUGACUAUGUCUUUGUAUACAUCGAUGCACUGCCUAUCAGGCAGGGACAUGGAGGGUUAAGAGUUAAAUGUGCUUGCGAUUAUUGUUUAUAUAAUUUAGCAUGGGGUUAGAAAGCUGCUGUAUUUAACACCAAAUUGUCUGACAACAUAGCUUCUCCUGGUUAAGUAAUUAUGUGUAAUAUUGUAAUUGACCAUUUUGAAAUCUUUAUUGAUUUUACAAUACGUUUGCCUUAAUUUUUUCUUCUAAUUGUUUAAAACACAAUAGUAUAUGGGCUGAGUAUGACAUUAUAGUAACUAAUCAAUAUGCUCAUAAUUCGUGAAUAUAGUUUAAGAAUCUGUAGUGAGAAGUCUUCUACUUUAAUCUGUAAUCUAACUUUCUGAUUUAGCUUACAUGAAUCAGUUUUAUUAAAAGCCAGUCUUUUUAUUUAUCAGCGAUCAUUUCAAAUUCUGAUUUGUUUUGAUUUUUAAAGUCAUGUUUCUAAUAAUUGAAGAUGAUUUUGUGGAAUUAAAGUAUAUAUUUAGCACAGUGCUAGACUAUGAAGUAUACCAUUGUUCUGUAAAGGAGUGCAAUAGAAAACCUUGUAAAGCAUUGGGAGAGUAGAGUAUUGUACUGUAACAAAGUUGUCCUUUGUAAAACACUUGAGUCAGUGAUGGCUUGUCGGUUUGGCAACUCUAGUGUUAAUAAUGCACUUCUUUUGAAUGUAGUUACUCUUAACUUUGUUUGUCAACAUGUCUAACAACACUUUCUGUAAAGCAACAGCAGUGUUUAUUUAUUUGCUUGCUUUUCUGUGCUGUUACAAUUACUGAGCUACAUUCCUUUACCAGAGGAAGAAUGUUUGUAACAUUAUUUACAACAAUAAAAGACUUGCA